UCGCCAUCAUCAGCACACCACAUGGGGAGGACGCGUGAACGGCCACCCCUGAGGACAUAACUCCCGCCCAACCUUCACAGGGGCCUGCCACCGGGGACACGCGGGGUGCAUGUGACAGACGAGGUGUGCGUGUGUUGCCUUGUGUGUUCCGUGCUCAGAAAUACCCAUGGAGGGCUGGGCGUGCUGAGCUUCCCGCCGUGCCCCCUGCCCAGCGAGAAAACAAUGCAAGGCAAAUUCUACAGCUUCUCCCCCUCUGGGGAGAAGCUGAGCCAAGUUGGACCAGAUGGGAUGGUGAGGGUGUGGGACACAGCCACGGGCAUCCUGGACCAUGAGUACCAGCCAGCCAGCCACCUCAUGGCCAAGCCGUCAUGUAUCCAGUAUUCACCGCAGCUUGAUUACAAGAAGAAGAAAAAGAAGGCACAAGGGGAGAUGGGCAGCAGUGUCCUGGCCCUGGCCACCCUCCAGGGCACAGUGUUGGUGUACAGCCCUGAGAAGAGGGAGCUGCUGGCCACCCUGGAUCACUCUCAGCCUCAGGCUGUGGUGGACUUGGCGUGGCUUGGCCCAAACAUUCUCUUCACCCUAUCUGCAGACAACACAGUAGUGAAGUGGAAUGUUUCUUCCGGUGAAAAAGUAGCGUGUGUGGAGGUGAGUGGCAGCUCCUCUCUGUGUGCACUGGGCCCCAAGAACCUGUGUACGGCCAAGAGCAGGAUUGAUCACAUCAUUUUGAAAAAGACAGGUGGGGCGCAGGUGGCAAAGAGCUUCACCGGCCACGCCUCGCAGGUGGGAAAGAUGGUUCCCUUGCCCACGGAAAGUGACCCAGCCAGAUACUUUCUCUCAUCCUCCCCGGAUGACAGAUUUGUGUAUGCCUGGGAUUUGAGGAGUGAAGGUGAAGAUCCUGUGGCCAGCUUCAUGGUGGGGGACCAGGUGACGGGAGUGGAAGCCACUGAGCUGCAGAAUAACACUGUGACGCUAGCAGUGACCACCCUCAAGGGCUCCCUCGUCCUCUUCAGCCAACACCUCAAUGGGAACACAAACAACACAAUAGUCAAGAAAACAGGACGACUACUGAUCCUGCAGGAGGGGAAGGAGAAAGAAAAGGCUACCCUCCCAAUUUUAGCGGCACACUUCUGCAGGGACAAAGAGAACAGCCUAAUCAUUGCUUAUGGCAACACCUCCAUACUCAAGUUUGAAAGAAUAAGUGCCAAAGAGAUAACUGGCACUAAGAAGCUCCAGAGGGCAGCGCCCAUGUCAGUGGUGACCCAGAAGUCAUCCCUUGCAGAGAUCAUCACCCCUAAAGUGACUCGAGAUGCCACUGUAGUUGGACCUGGACACCUCAUGAUUGCUCAGGCUGAUGCGCCAAGGAGAGAGAACAAGAGGAAGCAAGGGGACGAGGAUGGCACGUUGUCCCUCCCCAUGGAUGAGCGCCUCCAUGCGCUGGUGUUGGACAAGCCCACCGACGCUGCCGCCAUACACCCACCCAAGACAGACAACCAAAUACACUUGUUGCUGCAGGGUCUGCACAGCAAGGAUGGAAGGAUACUGCAGGGUGUACUGAGCUGUGCGGACGAGACUUUGGUGACCAACACUGUUCGGAGGAUGCCGACCCCUGCCGUUGUGCCCCUCCUCAAGCAUCUUCAGACUCUCUUUAUGGGCAAGGGACACAAAAAUGCAGCUUAUGUCACCUGGGUGAGGCUGGUCCUGUACCACCACAUGAGCCACUUGUCCACGCUACCAGACCGCCAGGAGCUGCUGCGGCCCUUCUACUCCAUCAGUGCCUCCCGCGUGGCCUCCUUCAUGCAGUUGACGGAGCUCCACGCACGUCUUGACCUCUCCCUCACCCACGUGGCCACCAAGCACCAGGAGGCACAGCAGUCACAGGUGGAGCCCAGUGCCCUGCUCAUCUAUAGGGAAGAGGAGUCCGAUGAGGAGGAAGAGAUGGAGGUCCCGGGCGGUGUCUCUGAAUCUGAGGACAACUGGGAGGAAUUCUCGGACUAUGGGGAGGUGAACGGCCACACCGACUCUGAGUCCGACCCUGAGGAAAAGCUGCACAUUCCUACCUCCUCCAAACGGGACCUGGAGGAGGAGGACGAGGAGGAGGAAAUGGAAGAAGAUGGGAAAGAGGAGGAGGAAAGCAGUGAAGAAGACACUGAAAGCCAGAGUGACAUGACGGUGGAUGGAAACGAAAGUGACAGUGACAAUCAGAGUAGUGACAAGUGAGGGAGUGGAGGGAGACGCGCCCCACUCGCUAUUUUUGUAAUUCUUUUCUUAACGUGCUGUGAGGUGGAUGCUGCUGCCGCUGCCAAUGCCACGCUGGGAGACGUAGCAUAAUCGAGCAAUGUUGAUCAUUCUGGGUGUUUUAUUUGGGUUUUAUAUAAGAAACACACAUAUACACAUAUAAAGGUGAAUAAUAAAGGCGUUUUUCAUUGUGGUAUUAAAUUUAAGGACACCUGGCUGGCAAAAUUUUAUACCAGGCAAGAUGGAGGAGAAAAUUCAGAGGAGACGGCAGAGAAUGUUAGUGUGUUGUCUUGUCAGUCUCUGAAGUGAAGUAUGUCAUCUGUUGUUGUGGUAAAUAUUUCUACUCCUUCAUCUCCUCCAUCAUUGGUUAUUUUUGCUCUCAUUAUUAUUAUAUUUUUUUCUUUUAAUUUCCUCAUUUUACCCUUUUUAUUGUUUUUCUUCCUGUCACAUCACCACCAGAAUUUGUUGAGGUAAAUUAGACAAAGAAUUCACCUUAAACGCCUCACAUGGUUUUAUAUUAUCUAACAACUCACACUCAUUAUUAUUAUUUUUCUUCAUUUAAUUUCCUCGUUUUACCCUUUUUAUUUUUGUUGUUGUUUUUCAUGUCACAUCACCACCAGAAUUUGUCCAGGUUAAUUAGACAAAGAAUUCACCUUAAAUGCCUCACAUGGUUUUAUAUUAUCUAACAACACACACACACACACACACACACACACACACACACACACACACACACACACACACACACACACACACACACUCAGGGCAGCCGGCCAUCCCACAGUGCCCAGCGUUUGCAGCGAAGUGUUUCAACAGAUGGUGGCUCGUGAAACUAUUUUUUGGCCGAAUGUGGAAAAGAAAAGAAGUUAAGUUUGUAUGCUCCUCAAUGCAAAUAAAUAUGACUUGUUGCA